AGCCCCAGUCAAGCCCCGUGUCCCUGCUGACCAGCCAGAUCCGCACGUCCAGCAUCUGGCCCCUGCCCGCCCCCUGCCCUGCUGGACUUUCGGCUGCCUCUCCAGGCCCCAGCCCUCAGUGUGGGCUCGUGGGCUCAUGGAGGCAGUGGCCUGGCCGGCCAAGCACCCCUGGCUCGUCCUGGGUGGUCGUCACAGCAGCUCUUGGAGUGGGGGAGGGGUCUGUCAUGUCUCCAAGACCAUCACUGGGUGUCGGGGCCGGGCGCUGGGCUGGGGCCUCUGUCACCCUGCGGGCCAUGCACAUGCUCUUCCCAUGCUGCUCACUCACAUGCUGUGCAGCCGCCCUGCACACACCUGCACAUGGGCUGUGGGCUCAGCUGGUACAGGAUGAGCGGGUCAGGGCAUGUGGAGACACACAUGUACUCAGGACACGUGGACACAGACACAGGAACAGUCAUGUACGUGGACAUGCCAGGUGCACUUGCACACCACACCCAGGUGCGUGUACAGGUCACACGGCUGCAUGUGCACUGCCGAGGAGGUGCCUGGGUCAGUGUGCUGCCAGCACGACUGUCUGGAGCCCCGAGUAGCAGAGACGUGUCCCAGAGCCAGGCCACCGUCCCCAGGUCCCAGGAGCAGCAAGGAGGAGGACGUGGAGCAGCAGAGUCCCCUGAGUCCCCUGAGUCCCCUGUCCGGAGCAGGAGCGCGCUGCCGUGUUCUGCCAGCUGAGCGUCUGCAGCGUGCUGGGGGCUCCCAUGGCAGCCGCCAUCCACCAGCUCCAUGUGGAUUUCCAGGCGUCCCAGCACCAUUUGUUGAAGACUCUAUUCUUUCCCCAUUGAGUGGACUUGUCACCCUUGUCGAAAAUCAGCCAGACCCCCCUUUCCCUCAUGGAGAAACGAGAGGAGUAAGUGAGGUGCCGGCCGGUCCUCCGCAGGUAAAGGGUGGCGGCAGCUCCGUGAGCCUGUGGGGCCUCCACCAUCCCAUGUGGGAUCCAGGUACCACGGGGGCUGCCGGCUGUGUCUGGGGCCGGGGCUCAGUGGAGUGGCUCCUCCUUGGCCUGCGGGGAGCUGGGGGCCCAGGCACCCCCGACACCGGCCCUGGGCUGCCUCGGGGCUCGUUCUGGGCUGGUCUGUCGUGGGGUGGACACGUGCCCCAAAGCUUUGCCUCCAGCAAGGGGUGGCUGAGGGUGACCUGCCCCUCACUCCAGCCCUGGGGGCUGCAUCCGGCUGAGCUGUAGCUGGCGUUUUCCACUG